GUGUGUGAUUGUGGGAGACUCUGUACACGUACCGUUAUCGCUCUUCAAGAUAUGCUCUCUAGAUCAGUAUCACGAGCUGUGGUGAGACGAUUCCGUCCAAGAGUAGCAGCUCCGUCGAUAAGGAGACUCGAGGUGUCAAGGGCCCUGUCCACCAAAGAUGACGUAUCAUCGAUUCAGUCUCCAUCGGAAGCUGUCGCAAGCGACGUUGCCAGUGGUGGAGGAACCCCAUGGUAUAUGCGUCAGGAAGAGUCUUCAAAGCUGACGACGCCGGUUUUCAAGGCUGAGAAACCAGAGAUUCCGGAAGGAUCGCCCGCUUCUCUGGAUAAGAUAGUGGAUUCGAUGAUUGAUCUCGGUUUGAACGAUUUCAAAGUGUUUGAUAUUAGAGAUCGUGAUGAUAUUCCAAUGUCGUCCAUGGCUGAGUUCUGUGUGAUCUGUGAAGGCAAAUCUGAGAAGCAUCUUCAAAAUGCUGCGCAAGAGAUUGUCACCAUGUUGAAACAUGAAUUCAGCGCACAACCCUACGUUGAAGGCAUGACCAAACAGAACGAGUCUUUGAAGAUGAAGAAGAGACUCAAGAUGAAAAAGCCAAUCAAUGAUUUUGGUGUUGGUGCAAAUAGCUGGAUAAUGAUUGACUCCGAUACCGGUGUGUUCUUGAACUUGCUAACGCAAGAGAGACGCAGCAUGCUCAAUUUGGAAUAUCUCUGGUGUAAACCGGAAGAUAGACCAUUAUAUGAGAACUCAGCUCCACUAUCACAACAUCCAGACGAUUCUGUUUUUGCUGGAAUCUUUAGAAGAUUUUACUCCACGCAAACCGCACAGACCUCUUUGGAAUCAAAGGGAUUACAAUGUUUCCAGCUGAACGAUGAAACUACAUUUGACACCAUUUCACAAUCUAUAAGAAAUGACCCCAGUGUAUCUCUAAACUUCCUUCAAGACAUAGUCAACUCACUGGAAUGCUCUGAUGUGCACCAAACUCUUGAGCUAUUUCCAGAAACGAACAAGUACAUUGCAUUCUUCAACAAGGCCUUCCCAUUGGAUCCAACAAGAGAUCAUUGGAAUUUGAGAUUCAGAAUCCUCUCAAUAAUGCAUAACCUAUUUCCAGAAGCCUACUCUCCAGUGAUGUUGGUGAAUAACCUGCUGUUGCAAAGCGCAUCGGGUUUUGCUAUAGAGGAAGAUCAACUAAGAUCAUUUGUUCAAUUCUUGUCUCAAUCGUUACUAUACAACGAUACAAGCAAGGCACGGGAUUUGAACAACGUCAUACAAGUUUCAAAUGAAAGAGCAGAUGUCCUGUAUCCAGUACUGAGAUCUUACAACGCAAACCAUAGAUCGGACUUACCAGACGACAUCAUAUUAUCGAUCCUCAAAUUCUAUACUCAACAGCAUUUAUAUUCAACUGCUGAAGAGACACUGUCUCUCAGUCCUGUGUUUGAUGUGUUACUGGAUCUUCUGGGUGAUCGUCCAUUAUCAGCAGACAUUGUGGAAGUUGUUCUUGUAUCGUAUCUGAAAGCCAACAAUGUGGAUCAGUUCUGGUCUUUCUGGGAAUCUCUUCCACGCUAUACCUCAAAUGGACAGUCUGUCAGCUACGAUUCAAGGCCAUGGAAUGUUCUUGCUUCGAUUCUGAAGGACAACUAUCAUGAGAAAUUGGUUGAUGGAUUUUUGAAUGAUUAUGUACGUUGUUUCAUCGACAGUAAUGAUGGGCAAAUCGACGCUGAUCUCAAGCACACUAUCAAUGAGCUCCUUGAUAGAUUCGAUGGAAAUGGAACACUUUAUCCAGAACUACGCAAAUGAGGCUGGCUUGCAACAUAAAUAACGAGACAUGUAUAUAUCUAAUCCCUAUUCAAAUUACUGUUCAAGUAGUCCACGAACAACGGCACGAUUCUAUCAACGUCGAGACUUCUCACUUUGUUUAGCAUAACAAACGUUCUUCUCAGCCUCUGUAACUGGGCAUUACUUACUCCUUGUGUUGGAAUAUCGACAAAGGUAUCCUCCUCGAUCUUUACCCU